AUGGGGAGACCAGAGAUUUUCUUCAAUUUCUCAAGCGAAUCAAUUACGAUCAUCGUCAAUGUCCAGAAAAUGCUGCCGGCGGACUACGCACUCGAGAUGUUCUAUCGUGAAUCAUGGAGGGAUGAUCGGCUCCAGUUCAACAUAUCACUUUUCAAGAACAAAACGGAGCUAGCCUUACAUGAGAGCUACACGAAUUUUCUAUGGUUUCCGGAUACCCAUGUUAUUGACGCUCUUCCGUCGACAAGCAUUAUGCAAAGCUUGGUAUCGAAAGCUGUAAACGGGUACACAGCUGAUCAGGUGGCCUACAAAUGGUCGUCUGGUUCACGACCAGCGUUGAAAUUGCAUAAAAUUCGACUGCCGGAUUUCACCAUCAAGGAAGCUUACGUGACCAAUCAAAUGGAGGUCUACGCUACUGGAAACUACUCUCGUCUCUAUGUGUGCUUCGUAUUCUCUCGCUCAUCCGGGUUCUGCUUCCUGCAGUUGAUUAUCCCUUCAACCGCGGUCGUCAUCACAUCGUGGGUCUCACUAUGGAUGGAAAGCGAGACCGAGUUUCAAGACAUGAUAUCAAUUAUUUUGGCAAUAACCUUCCUGAUCUUCUCCUACAACGAAAUGAUGCCUCGUGUCAGCUACAUCAAAGCUAUGGAUAUCUAUCUUGGAGUAUGUUUCAUGAUCGUUUUUCUCUCGUUGAUAAAACUCGCCUUUGUCAAGUACAUGCGUCAAAGGAUUAAAAUGGAAAGUGAAAGCUUCAACUCAAUCUCUGGGAUGAUGACCAACAAUCAACCAGUGAAAUGGCGUCAUUCCCCCAAAACCUGGCUCAAAUCUUGUACUCCGCAACGGGAGGUCACGGACCAAACUAUCUUCCCGUUUUUUUUCAGAAGCGAAUAUGUGACGGUGCCAUUGGCGGACAUGGAUGAGUCGUUCAUACCCGACGCUCGAAAGGAACGUCUCGGUGAAAAGAUGCUGAAGCUUAUGGACAUCCGCUUCACGCCAAGGACCAUGCACAGAUUCCAGUGGAUAUCCCAGAUGAUGUUCUUCUUUGGAUUCGUCAUUUUCUGUUUGUUUUAUUUCCUUGUCUACCCGAAUCUUCACAUCGUCAGCAUUGAUCCGUCGUGUGAUAAGGCUCAAGCGGAAUGGUUCGCCGAAAUCGGAAUGGUUCGCCGAAAUCGUUUAAAGGCUGCUCGAAAGUGCAGCACGUCUUCCUGA